UGAAGCCUGCAGUUACAGCUUUUCCCUGCCAGAAUAUAGUGAUCUGUUGCCAUUGUCCAGAUCAGAAUGACUCUUUCAAAGAAGACACAAUGAAUGUCAACUCUCCACCCACCCUCAUGAAACUGGCAAGUCAGAGGCUACUGAGGGAGGAGGCCUUGGCCAUUUCUGCUCUCAAGGACCUACCCAAUAUGCUGUUCCCAGUGAUGUUUGAGGAGGCCUUCAUUAAUGGUCAUACUAAGAUCUUGAAGGCCAUGAUACCCUUGUGGCCCUUCCCAUACUUUUCUUUAGGAAUGAUGAUAAAGAACCUGACCCUAGAUACAUUGAAGGCUGUUCUUCAGGAAAUAGAUAUACUUAUUUCAAAAGUGGUGCAUUCCAGUAGGUGCAAACUCAAAGAGAUCAAAUGGAAGAAUACAGACUAUGGUUUGCAAGGAAUAUGGCCUGGGUCCCAUGAAUUUGAUGGCUUAUCAGAGUUCAUGGAACAGAAGCAGCCUGACUGUGGGGUGAAGAAAGAAUUGAAGGUGAUAACUCAUCUCAAACUCAUGGAGGGCAGCCUUGAUGAAUGUGCUACAUACUUGUUGCAGUGGGCCCAGCAGAGAAAAGAUUCAAUUCAUCUAUGCUGUAGAAAGCUGAAGAUUCAGGGCUCAAUCAACGCCACAGUUAUAGAAAUCUUCAAAAUUGUACAUGCAGACUGUAUACAAGAGCUGGAGCUAUGUUGUCUUUGCCUGGAAGAUUUGGAUUUUCUUAACCCUUACCUGAAACAGAUAAACAACCUUAUUAGACUCAAACUAGAUGAAAUCAAAGGUACUGUCAGUAUGGGUGAAUCUAGAAAUAUUGAUGAGGAGAAAGUGAUCACAUUGAUAUCUCAACUUCCCACACUCCAACAUCUCGAGAAACUCUGUAUAAAUGAUGUCUCUUUUAUAGAAGGCAACCUGAAAGAAUGCCUCAGGUGCCUGAAAAAGACCUUGGAGAUACUUUGCAUCACUAACUGUUACCUCUUACAGUCAGACUUGGAUUACCUGCCCUACUGCCUGAAUAUUUUGGAGCUCAAAUGUCUGGACUUUAGUAAUAUACCUUUAAGUCAUUUAUUCCUUGAGCAUCUUAGAUUUCUUUUUGAGAGAGUUAGACAUACCCUGGAAUGCCCGAUAUUGAAGUCAUGUGAAAUGGGAGAAUCUCAGUUCAACAGCCUACUGCCUGCCAUAAGUCAGUGUUGCCAACUCACAGAAGUCAAUUUCUAUGAUAAUGAACUCUCUCUGAUUUUCCUGAAAAAAUUUCUACACCACACAGCCAAGCUUAGCCAGCUAACUUAUGAGCUGUACCCUGCCCCUCUGGAGUGCUAUGAUAACAGAGAUAUAAUACUAUCACACAGAUUAGAAAAUUUUUGUCCUGAGCUCCUGAAUAUACUCAGGGCCAAAAAGACAGCCCAAGGAGGUCACCUUUGCUACAACCCAAUGCUAUAACUGUGGUGGAUCCUAUGUUUAUAAUCUGGAGACACAACAUUGCUUUUUUGAAAAAUACUUUCUGUUGGAUUGACUGUGGAAUGUAGAAAUGGAAGCUUAGUAUUGGGGAUUGAUAAAAUUUUAAGUUAUUAUAUGUUGCUGGAAAAAGUAUGUAUAUAUCAAUCACCUAAAUGUCUGAGACACACUAGAGGCAAGAUCCUCCUGUGAGAUGGUGAACGAAUGUUGCAUCUGCAAAAAGUGUCAAUCACUCUUUCUCCUCUAGAAUUUUUGUAGUUGUGGAGUGUGUUACAAUAGAGGCACCCUUCCAUGAGGAUAUUGUUCCCCUCUGUGGACUGCAUACAAUAAAUGUAAUGACUUUCUGCA